CGGUGGUCUUAUCUUUACCAAAAUCUGUAAUGUAAUAGGCCGAUUCACCUGGGAUCCGGGAUUUUCAAAGGUCCAACCGGCCUAGGUCUAGAUGGCUUUCACACCAUCCAGAUAUCCUGGGUAUCCUACCUACCAUCCAAUAUGUAUUAAUACCCUCCCAUUCGUGCUACCAAAUCUAUUCCCUUUCCUGCAGUGUGAGUAGUUUUGCGUGUGACCUUGGACACCAUUUACGUAUUUGGAACUACCCUUUUUGAUGCUCUCGCAAUAAGACCCAAUGCGGAUUGAUGAAAAUAAUGGCGACACCCAAGAUCACAAUCGCCGCGGAUGACGACACCAUCAAACCCUCGGACUCUAGUGCCGGCGGUGGAACAGAUCUAGGCGGCGUGUACCACACCCGCAGCUUGUCACGGUCUCGCGGACCGGGCCUUCGUCGCACGACUUCUCGCGCGUCUCGCGACAGGCGCAGCGAUCACCUCGAGGUCGAAGAGGAAGACGACUGGCUCCAAGACGAUGGGAGGAAGAAACAGGUUUUCAAGGGUUCUGCGUUGCUCUGGCUGUCGUACCAGUCAGUCGGUGCCAUUUACGGUGAUAUCGGGACAAGUCCUCUAUACGUGUUCUCGAGUACCUUCACCUCCUCGCCUAGCUACGAUGACCUUCUUCAAGUUCUCUCCGUCGUCGUCUGGUCCUUGACGAUCAUGGUGACGCUGAAAUACAUCUUGAUCAUCCUACACGCCGAUAACCAGGGAGAAGGGGGUACCUUCAGCUGUUAUUCAUUACUUACCCGAUAUGCAAAUAUCACCGACCGCGACCCUCGCGAGGCGCGUCUCGUGAAAAUGGAACGCCAUCUGACUCAGGACAUGAGUGCUACCAAUCGCACGCUUCGAUCGACAAUCGAGCGGAGCAGGUUUACCCGUGGUCUCCUGAAGACAAUCGGCGUCCUCGCCGUUUCGAUGGUCAUUGCUGAUGGUGUGCUAACGCCCGCGCAGUCUGUGCUGGGUGCUGUUCAGGGUCUCUCCGUCGUAAGCCCAAACAUAGAUAGCCCUACCAUCGUUGGAACGUCAUGCGGAAUCUUGGUUCUCCUCUUCAUCAUCCAGCCUUUGGGAACCACAAGAUUGGCAACUAUGUUCGCUCCAAUUGUCAUCCUGUGGCUUGGGUUCAAUGCCGGUUUUGGCAUUUACAACCUCAUCAAGUACGAUCACUCCGUGUUGAAAGCAUUCUCGCCCUACUUUGCUAUCCAUUUUUUUAUGGAGAAGAAGACGGAUGCUUGGAAAAUGCUUGGCGGCAUCCUUCUCGCUUUUACCGGUGUCGAGGCUCUGUUCGCGGACCUGGGCGCUUUCAGCAUGAGAGCUAUCCAGAUCAGUUGGCUGUCCUGGUGUUACCCGUGCUUGUUACUAGCAUACGUCGGCCAGGCCGCCUACAUCAGCGUCAACCCCGAUGCGUACUCCAACCCGUUCUACAACGCGGUUCCCCCCGGAAUGUUAUACCCUAGCUUGAUCGUCGCUGUGUUGGCUGCUAUCGUUGCCUCGCAAGCUAUGAUUACGGCCGUCUUUCAGCUCAUCAGUCAAUUGAUGAAAUUGUCUUAUUGCCCGCAAGUCAAGGUUGUCCACACGUCGACGAAAUUCCACGGACAGCUCUAUGUGCCUUUCGUCAAUUGGAUUCUGAUGUGCGGAACUAUUCUCGUCACCGGAGUUUACUCUAAUACAACUCGACUCGGCAACGCUUACGGUGUAUGUGUCAUGUUUGUGACAUUCUUCGACACGUGCAUGGUUACGCUUGCCUCUCUCAUCGUGUGGCGCUUAUCUCCGUUUAUCGUCUUCAUACCAUGGCUCGUCUUUGCUACUGUCGAUUGCUUGUACCUCUCCUCUGCCCUCAACAAAGUUCCCGACGGUGCUUGGUUUACGAUCACGAUUUCGGGAAUUCUCACUUGCAUCUUCUUGCUCUGGCGUUUUGGCAAGGAGAACCAAUGGCACGCAGAGGCCGAAGAUAGGUUCCGGCCUGCCCAGCUCAUCCAUCGCGAGAAUGAUUCUUCUGAUAGUCCUCUCAUUCUAACACCUCGUUGGGGUGGCGGGGCUGUUAGCCGUAUUAAGGGCUUGGGUAUUUACUUCGAUAAGGCGGGAGUGCUUACUCCGACCGUAUUCACUCAAUUCGUUAGCAAGUUUGGCACGGUGCCUGACGCCAUCAUCUUUUUCCACCUCCACCCUGUCGAGGCUCCCUCUGUAGCGGCAGGUGACCGGUAUGCUAUCUCAAGGAUUCCUGCUGUUCCCGGAUGUUACAGACUGGUUGUUCGUCACGGCUACAUGGACGAAGUUAUCACCCCUGAUCUAGCGGCUCUGAUCUAUGAACAAGUGCGCAAGUUCAUCAUCCGCGACGGAAGCAGCGGCGAUGAGGCGCGGAUCGAUGAUGUGGCAGAAGAGGGCAAUGGUCAAGUUAACGGGACCACCGAUGAGGAAACUCAAGCCAAGCUCGCUGCUGCUACAGCCGCUAGGGUUAAUGGAAAUAGGACAACGCUUGGCCUCGAUGACGAAGCUACGAAAGAAGAACUCGGCAGACUUGACCGCGCCUACGCUAGCAAGGUCAUGUACAUCAUCGGCAAGGAACAAAUGCAUAUCAAGGAUCACCAAACUUCGUUCUUCCGCCGCAUUCUCCUGACGACUUUCCUCUGGAUCAGGGAAAAUACGCGUGCCAAGAUCGCGAAUUUGAGACUUUCUAUGGACAGGGUUGUUGAGGUUGGCUUCGUUAAGGAAAUCUAGGGUUAGCGACAGCUAACAAUUUAUCACAAAGGGUGGGGGUGUAAUUUGGUAAGAGGAAUAGAGUAGGCCAGUCAGCAUCUAUUUUAGAAUAUGUGUGCUACAUAGAGUGCUAGAGCGAGUUCUGCUAGAGAAAUCCGGUGCAAUUCAUUUAUCCUCCUACUCCAUUGCGAAUGGCAUCCAGCUCCAGACCUGUCAAGCGAAAAGGUGUUUGCCUGUGAAUUGCCAAC